AUGCGCCAAGGCACGAGCAGCAGCAGCAGCAACAGCAGCAACAGCAACAGCAGCAGCAGCAAGCGAUGCCACUUCACACGACUUCUGCCCCCCACACCCACGCGGAUGCCUCAGGGGGACUCGGGACGGAGCCGUAGCACAAUGAAUUCCAGCAGCAGCAGCAGCAGCAACAGCAGCAGCAGCAACAGCAGCAGCAGCAACAGCAGCAGCAGCAACAGCAGCAGCAGCAGCAGUAACACUAUCGCCAGCACGUCUGUUAAAGCUGAGAGGUUUCAACAGCUCCUGAGUCGAGAUGUAAUAGACGCAGGAGAGUUAAGGAACUUACUGUGGGGUGGAGUGCCGAGCUGCUGCUCCGCAGAAGUCCGGAGCGAUGCCUGGCGAAUCAUGUUGGGAUAUUUGCCGCUAACUCGCGACAGGAAAGACGCAGCGCUGGCGAAGAAGAGGGCGGACUACCAAGAGCUGGUCCAGCACUACUACAGCAGAGGGGAAGCUUCAGCAGAAGAAGUGAAGCUGCUGAAGCAGCUUCGCGUGGACUUGCCGCGGACCCACGCGGGCAGGAAGUUCUUUGCCCACCCCCGCAUUCAGCUGGGUAUGGAGCGCGCAUUAUUUCUGUGGGCCGUCAAGCACCCAGCCAGCGGCUAUGUGCAGGGCAUAAAUGAUUUACUGACUCCCUUCGUCGCAGUGUUCCUACACGCAGCGCUCGGGAGAGAUCCCGAGGAGCUUUCUAUUGACGAGGUAGACGAGAAAGUGCUGCUGCAGGUUGAGGCGGACAGCUUUUGGUGUCUCGCGAAGCUUCUGGCCCAUAUUCAGGAUCACUACACGUUCGGACAGCCGGGCAUUCGCCGUCUUGUCGUUCGGCUGCGGGACAUCGUCAAAAGGGUUGAUGAAGGCCUUUACCAGCACCUGGAAGACCACGGGGUCGAUUUGCUGCAGGUCACUUUCCGCUGGAUGAAUUGCUUGCUCAUGCGGGAGUUCCCUCUGAGCUGCGUAAUUCGACUGUGGGAUACUUACAUAGCGGAGCAGGCGGAAGGCUUUUCGGACUUCCACGUCUACGUCUGCGCAGUUUUUCUCGUAAACUGGUCGAGACAGCUGAAGCAAAUGGAUUUCCAGCAGAUGAUACUGUUUAUUCAAAAUUUCCCUACGACAACAUGGGGCCCUCAAGAGAUCGAGACGCUGCUUGCUGAGGCGUUCGUUCUCAAAUCUCUUUACCAUUCCGCACCCAAACACUUAAACUAA